UAUGUCGAGUAGGUGGCCUAUAUUCACAGUGGUUAUCCUGGUGAUUAUCCUCUCACCCGGAGUUAAGAGUGGAAGGCCGGAUUCCGAAGAGCUUUUGGAGGAGGGCAAUCGACAGCUAAAUCUUAUUUUGGAAGCCAUAAAUGAGCACGAACGGCAGCGCCUACAAGAAAGUAUUAAAAACUCGAAUGUGGAUACAAUUAAACAGCGUCCCAAUGGCAAGAGAUUGAGGUGGAAUCAAAGGAGGACCUGGCCAGAUCCCGAAAAGAGUGAGAAACGAGCUUGGCCUACGUCCACUUCAUCUGCCCAGAACGCACCCAAUCCUGAUUACAUCGAUGUGAACGACUAUCUACCCACUCCGGCGCCCUGGUGGUUUAACAGGAAAUAACUUGACCUAAAUUAUAGUAUUAAAUAUGUUUUUUUAUUGUUUAUUAAGUGCUGAUACUGAGAUGAAAUAAAUAUUAGUUUAUAGACCAUAUUUUAAGUGCGGUAUCUUAUCAAAUCAAAGUUAAUAUACAUUUUUAUAACAGAUGUUGACAUAACAAAUACAAUUUUUA